UCAAUCUACGAGCCACUACGCACCCGAGUUUUGACUUCGGGCAAGAAUCAGGCCCUCAAUCGUCAACUAUCUAUUUGAGAGCACCUCGCCGCCAAAAUGGCACCAGCAGGUCAAACCACUUACCAAAAAGACGAAAGGGUCCUCUGCUUUCAUCACGAGAUUCUGUACGAGGCAAAGAUCCUCGAACUUCGACACACAGAUCCGGAUGACCGAAAAAGCCCAUACGAGUAUCUAGUCCAUUAUAAGGGCUGGAAAAACACUUGGGACGAUUGGGUACCUCAAGAUCGCCUUCGUAAAUUUACGGAGGAGAAUAGAGAGUUGGCCACCACCCUUCGCCGGGAGGCUGAAGCUGCGCUUCGUCAGAAGAGCACGAAAACCUCCGUUAAGAAGAGGGGAGGAUCCGACCGCGGUUCGGCUCGUGGAAGUGAAGAAAGGCAGACGUCCGUCCCAGGCCGAGGAACUAAGAGGGCGAGGGAUAAUGAUGUUGAAAAGGAGGAGAACUUCUACACCCGACCAUCUGUGAGAAUUGUGAUGCCAGACAAUCUCAAGUCGCUCCUUGUCGAUGACUGGGAAAAUGUCACCAAAAACCAGCAAGUGGUGGCGUUGCCAGCUAAGAGCUCGGUCAAUCAAAUUCUAGAUGACUAUCUCAAGGAAGAGAAGCCGAAGCGCACUGGAUCAUCUGACUUUGAUGUCUUGGAGGAAGUAAUCAUGGGCGUUCGCGAUUAUUUCGACAAGUCCCUAGAUAAGAUUCUUCUCUACAGAUUCGAGCGUGAGCAAUAUCGUGUUCUCCGCAAGAGGUGGGAAUCCGAGACCGCAGACAAAGGGCCCCUUGAUAUCUACGGUGCGGAACAUUUAACGCGUCUUUUCGCCACGAUGCCCGAACUCAUCGCGCAAACAAACAUGGAUCUCCAGUCUACUAACAGACUCCGCGAAGAGCUCUCAAAGUUCACAAUUUGGCUCAGCAAAAAUUCUAAUAAUUAUUUCGCCACAAGGUACAUGACUGCUAGCAACGAGUAUGUCGAGAAAUCUCGUGGAGUGCCGAAUCCGACCCCUGGGACUGCCACCUCACGCCUGGUUUAAACGGACUAUUAUAAGCUAAACCGCGACGGGUCCAAGUAUUUGAGGGUUGCCUUCGAUUGCUCCUUUUGUUCUUUAUUUCUUUUAGUGCGCAUCAUAAUCGGCCCCCGAACAAAUACGUGAGAUGGACAGGAUUCUUUUCUGCACGCAUUACUGGGAGAACGGUUUCUUUCUGUACCAAUAUAUUUAUUUAGAGCGGCGAAUUUAGGAAAUGGGAGUGCGGCCAACCGUUUUUUUCGAAACUUUCUG